AUGGCAAAAUGGAGUGCCUUGAUAGUAGUGAUGUUGAUGGUGGUAACUGUUAUGGUGGUCACCGCAGAAUCAGACAAAGCAACUGGUUUUAUUCGUUGUUUCCGUAAGUGUUAUGAAACUGAAGUUUGUGAAGAUAACGAUGGUAAUUGUUUUGAACGUUGUAAAAUCAAAUGUGGUGGUCCAAACCCUCCUCAUGGUCCAGGAGGACCUCUAAGUCCUCCUCAUAGUUUCUGA